AUGGAACUGAAUUUGGCUGAGAGAACAUCAAAAAACUUUGAUGACGAUUGUCUGUCUCUCAACAGAACAACAGAACUUACUGAAAAUCCACUUGUGAUGGAAGUCCUUGAGGUGAAAAAUGUAGACCUAAACUGUGCUCAGAACUGCAGCAACCACCACACACAGUUUUUUAGUUCUAAUAAACUAAUUGUGAGAAGAGGCCAGCUGUUUGGGUUCUAUGUGCAUUUCCAAAACCGGGAAUGGGAUGAUGACAAGGACAAGAUCACAUUCACGGUGGCAACAGGUCCGAAACCCUGCGAAUCUCUCGGAACAAAGAGCAUCUUUCCUUUAGGGCAAUCUCCAAAUCAAAGCCACUGGAAUGCUUGCUACAAACUCCAUAAUGAACAAAGCCUCUAUGUCAGUCUGUUCCCUCCCGCCAGUGCCUGUAUUGGCUGCUACACUCUGAAUAUGUGUCUAGUGUCAUGUGAACACUCAAGCACCCAACAUCUGGGAGACUUUUAUGUUCUCUUCAACCCUUGGUGUUCUGAUGACCCUGUGUAUUUAGACAAUCAAGCUCACAGAGAAGAGUAUGUCCUGAAUGAGCAUGGGAUUGUAUUCCAGGGGCUUCCCAAACACGUAACUUCUCAUCCAUGGUAUUUUGGACAGUUCCAAGAUGGCAUUCUGGAUAUCUGUCUGAAAAUUCUGGACACAAGUACAAACUUCCUUCGUGAUCCUGGCAUGGAUUAUUCCUGUCGCAAUGAUCCCGUGUACAUCAGCAGGGUGUUGAACAGUAUGGUAAAGUUUGAGUACAGGACGUUUAAUUGA